UAUGAAUUGGUAAAAUCUGAUACGACACGCAAUAAGGUUAUUUUUUCUUCCGGGUAAAUAUUUAGUCAGUCAAAUAAUGCGCAGUUCGUUGUUAGUGUAGCAAGGCUUUGUGGAUGCUUUUAUAGACAGAAGUAUCAUGGCAUGCUCUAAAAUAGACGUAGAACGAAACAAUCUAGUUGUGGCUGCCAUCGAUUUUGGAACAACGUACACAGGAUUUGCUUACUCAUUUAAAAAGAAUCCGAAACAAAUUUUAACAAGUAAAUGGACUGGUGAAAAUGUACGAACAGUUACGGACAAAGCACCAACAUGUGUACUUCUUUCACCCGACCAAAAGUUCAUUGCCUUUGGAUUUGAAGCAGAGGAAAAGUAUAAAGAUAUGCUGGAAGAGAAUGUUGAGAGAAGAGAAGAAUAUUUCUUUUUUGAACGAUUUAAGAUGAGCCUUUAUCAGACAAAGAAAUUAAAAUUGGAUACAAAACUUUCCGACGUACAUGGCAAAGAACUCGCAGCUCUUCAAGUUUUCACAGCUGUCAUAAACCAUAUAAAAGAGAAAUUUUAUGAAGAAAUGAGAAAUUCCCGUGCCGGAUUCGACGAAGAUAAUGAUGUCCAAUGGGUUUUAACUGUCCCUGCGAUAUGGUCCGAUUCUGCGAAACAGUUCAUGAGAAAAGCCGCGAAUGAGGCCGGGCUAAAUAAUGUAAAACUUAUUUUGGAACCAGAGGCUGCAUCUCUUUAUUGCUACGACGAGAAUUUAUGCAGAAUAGCAAAACUUGAUGGAUCAAAUGACUUCGACAAGUUUCCAGAAGGCAUGAAAUACAUAGUUGCUGAUUUAGGAGGUGGGACAGCUGAUCUUUCUGUACAUGAAAUUUUAUCUGACAGGAAUCUUAGAGAAAUCCAUAGGGCCGAUGGAGACGCUUUAGGUGGUAUGAUGGUCGAUUUAGAAUUUUUUAAGUUCUUUGAAGAUAUAUUUGGAUCAAAUGUUAUUCACUUAUUUUCAAAAAGAUAUCAAAAUCGUUUGAUGGAGAUUCGAGAAGUCUUUGAAACAAAGAAAAGGACAUUUAAAUUCAAACACUCUGAUGUUAUGAAAAUAAAGCUUCCUAUAAGUGAAUUAAAUGAAGUAAUAAAGGAGACUGAAGGACAAAACGCCGAAACAAUGAUUCAGAAAGCUUCUAAGGUAGAUGGUUUUGAAUCCCUCAUAUUGAAAAGAGAUAAAUUGUACUUUGGAAAAACUAUCAUGGAAAAAUGUUUCUCAAAAGCGAUUGAAGGGAUCGUUCAGUUUAUCAAUAAAAUGAGAGAAAACGAUGAAUUGGGGGAAAUCAACCAUUUGCUUUUGGUAGGCGGUUUUUCCGAUUCUACUUAUGUCCAACAAAUAAUCAGGCAGAAAGUUCCGGGUGUAAGAGUUAUCAUUCCAUUAGAACCAUCCCUUGCUGUACUGAAAGGAGCUGUUAUUGCAGGGCACAAUCCAAAACGUAUUACAGAGAGAAUCGCCAGAUAUACUUACGGAUUUUCACUUGGAAGGCCAUUUAAGCAAGGGGAAGACCCGGAGGAAUUAAAAUUUGUUGAAAAUGGAAUGGAAUAUUGCAGUAGCGUUUUUGAUAAGAUGAUAACAAAAGGUGAUAUACUCAAAGUUGGAGAUCGUUUCGGUACACCAUGUCUUCAUACUUUGAGCAAAUCGAUCAUCCCUGAAAUUCUAAUGAAAUUAUUACCUAUUUUUGCUGAUGUCUAUAGGUCCGAUGAGAAAGAUCCAAAAUACACAGGAGAAAAGUACGACUGCGAACGUGUAGGUAUAUUAAUGAUUCCACCGCCACCUUCUGGUUGGCCCCCUAUUUCGUUUCUUGUACAAGAGCUUGUAGCUGGAGAGGCAGAGUUUACAGUUCGUGCAUACAAUAUAAACUCCAUGACGUGUAUUGAAGGACAACUUGAUUUUCUACAUUCAAUUCCUAGGCACUGAUCUUUUUAUUUUCAGAUUUCAAAGUUGAAAUUGUAAAUCAUUGCAUGUCUAUUUAAAGAUUUCUUUUGCAAGUUUAAGUAAAUGUCAUAAGUUACAUAUUACUGUUAGUGCAAAUAAAUUAGUUCCUUUAAAUUGAACAUGUAAAUAAAUCUUUAAAUUGAUUUUUUUUUAAAUCAGUCCAUGAAAAAAAAAUGUUUUUACGGAGAGAUGUUGGAUUCCAAGUGUUCAGUUAUGUUUUAGAUAUAGUCGAUUAAGGAGGUAACUUGUCAAACGAAGUGGCAUCAUUACUACACUGUACAUAUUUUAAUGGGAUUUGUUUUGUGUGUAAUAUAUAUAAUUGCUUAUUGACACUUUCUUCAUUUAUAAUUUAUAAUGGUCAGUGUGAAUAGAUAAAUUGGCAAUUACAUUGAAAUGUGAUAUUAAAGUAUGUUUAAAGAUAGAAUAUCUUCAUGUUACAAAAUUGGAUUGUACAAAAUAUAAAUAUAAAAAAGACAAUUAUUAUGCAUCUACAAUAUUUGAUGAAGUACUAUAAUAAUCAAAACAAAAAUAAAACACCAAACAAAAAAGUGCACAUGUAAGAACAGUUAGUGGAAUAUAUGCACUGUUUCUUCAUUUGUACUAUAGAUAAUCAUGUUUAUCUGCUACAUAAUGUUUGCAUUCUGCUCUUUGGUUAUUGUGCCCCCACUUUGCUGGCGGGCAUUUAGAUUUACCCUUGUCCGUCCGUCCUUCGGUCCGUCCGUCCGUCCGUUCUCUUUUGUGUCGCACGUAACUCAAAAAGUAUUUGACCUAGAGUCAUUAAACUUUACAGGAAUGUUGAUCAGCAUAUGUAGUUGUGCACCUGGGUAUUUUCGUCUGGAUAUUUUUAGUAUUUUUAGAGUUGUUGCCCUUGACUUAGUAAAAUUUUGCAAUUUUUAACUUGUGUCGCAUGUAACUCAAAAAAGUAUUUGACCUAGAGUCAUAAAACUUUACAGGAAUGUUGAUCAGCAUGUGUCAUUGUGCAUCUGGGUAUUUUCGUCUGGAAACUUUUAGUAUUUUUAGAGUUAUUGCCUUUGACUUAAUUUUUUUUUUGCAAUUUUCAACU